UUCUACCCGCGCAAACGUAACUGGAACUCUCUUUCUUCAUCGCGCUUCCCUCCAACCAGCAUCUUUCCUAUGGCAACCUCUCCACAAAAACCCGACGAUCAGCUUAUUAAUCUGCCGGAAACUGAAUCGCAGCUCUCAGUUCUCAUCAUCGAUAUGUCACAACAGGUCCAAGGGGCUAUGGAGAACAUGCUUAGAAUGAUCAGUGAAAUUGAUCAAAAUGCUGUUGGAAUAAUGGAAGACAUAGAGAAGUGCAGGGGUUCUGCUCUUGACAGGAAGGGAGUCCUCGAGGAAGAGAAACAACAAUUUCAGCAAGCUGCUUACACUGUUUUAGACAUGCUCAACAACAGACAGGGAACGCUGACGUUUUCUUGAGCAUGGAGUAUGGCUUUCAGAGUUUUACUUGAGCUUGAAUAAUCAACUUGUAAAGAUAGUUGGGCGUCAUGAUUCAAUGGGAUAUUAUCUUCUGUUGGAUGGUGGAUAUAACAUACUAUUUCUAUUCAGUUUACAGUUACUACAAAACAGAUCUCGUCAAAUCAUCUUCUGUUGUAUUGCAUUAGUUCUUGCUUUAUUGAAACUCAGGAUGCGCGUUGCUUGUAAUUUGUCUGAAUAUCCUUCAAUUGCCAACCACAUUAUCACUUCGAAGCAACAUAAGUUUUCUUCUAAAAGAUACUGAGAGUUCAAUUAGACAGGUACAAAACUUUUCAUAGUUUAGUACUUUAGUUUCGAAGGAUGGUGGUUGCUGGAGUAAAGACCUUCUUCACUCUGGAUCUUCUAACCAUUUAAGUUUUUUCCCUAUCAAUUUUAUUAGGGUCUGAAAUUCUUUUUAACUGCUUAGAAUUUUAUCAUAAAUGGUUCAUUGUCUGGCUUUUCCUUGUCAGAAUACUUUUUUUUUUGUUCUUAAAGCAUAUAAUGCAGAGAAAUAGGCAGUAACCUUUAAA